UUGCAAUUAAAUGCAUAAUGUAAAUUCACCCACUACGCGUCCACCACACGUCAUAGGUCCACACUCUCACACAAAAGCAAAGGGCUCCACCCUCCACCCAUCUCCUCUAUAUACCAAAGCCUCGCUCCCUUAACUCUCUACGUUUCCUCCCUCACCUGUUCUCUUUUCAUUUCCGCACCACCGCCACUAUCACUAUCAUCUUCUACCGACCUCUGCCAUGUCCGCCAAAGACUGCGGCAACCACGGCCACAAGCGCCGGAAAAUCUUCCGCCGGAUCUUCGCCGGCAUCCUCAUCUUCCUCUUCCUUGUUCUCGUCACCAUCCUCAUAAUCUGGGCCAUCCUCCGCCCUAGCAAGCCUAAGUUCGUUCUCCAAGACGUCACUGUUUACGCCUUCAACGCCUCCAUACCUAACUACCUCACCUCCAACUUCCAAGUCACCUUCUCCUCUCGCAACCCAAAUGACAAAAUUGGUAUCUACUACGACAAGCUCGACGUUUACGCCAACUACCGGAACCAGCAGAUCACUCUCCGUUCAUCAAUCCCACCCACCUACCAAGGCCACAAGGAAAUCAACGUCUGGUCACCCAACAUCUAUGGCACGGCAAUCCCCGUCGCGCCGUACAACGCUUUAGCUCUGAAUCAGGAUGAGUCCACCGGAGCAGUGUUGCUGAUGAUCAAGAUGAAUGGACGGGUGAGAUUCAAAGUUGGAACGUUCAUCUCUGGGAAGUACCAUUUGUACGUCAGAUGUCCUGCUUAUAUACAGUUUGGGAGUAAGACUGCCGGGAUUAUUGUCGGUGAAAAUUCGGUGAAGUACUCGCUGCUUGUAAGCUGCAGUGUAAGUCUUUGAAGAUAGAGAGAGAGAGAGGAAAAUGAUGAAGAAAGAAGAUAACUUGACUUGUAACGCCGUUAAGUUUUUUUAUUUCCUUAAAAUUUAUUUAAAUACCUAUAUUUUUCCCUUUU